UUGUUCGCGCCGAGUCUUUUUUCCCGCGAGUGCCGGCGUUAAUUACUAAUCCUUUUUUAACUUUUUUUCUAUAAAUAAAUUUCCAGUAUCGUCUUCAUUUUUAUCAUACUGUCGCUUUCAUUUUUGUACUUUUCACUUUCGCUUUCCUUUUUCCGGUUUUUUUUUUUCCGGUUUUUUCUCUUUCUUUUUUCGGAAGAACCCCGAGACCGGAAGCUUUCUUUUUUUCUCCUCCACAAGCGGAGGCCAUCUGAUCUGCUUUAAUAUCAACAGAUCUUCAUUUAAGGUACGUGAAUCUUUUCAUCAUGGCACACCUUCAGCCUGUUCAGUGUGCUGAGUGCAGGAUGUUUAGUCAUUCUUCCUCCGUCACUAGCAAUAGCUCUAUUAGCUUUACUUGUGAUAAGUGCAGAUUAGUUAGCUCUCUGACGGAGAAGAUUUCAGUGCUAGAAGCGCGUGUCCAGGCUUUAGAGCAGGUUAGUGAGCGUGAGAACAGUGUAGUUUCUGUUAGGGAAAGUCUGGACGCCCUAGGUGGAGUUAGCAAUCCCCCAACUCCGGCAUUAGAGCCCUUACAGCGGGGCGAAUGGGUGACGGCUCGGCGGCAUAAGCGUAGAGCCAAAGCUACCGCUGAGGCUCGCCCACGGGAGCACCACUCCUCUCCGCGUCACGUGCCGAACAGGUUUGCUCUCCUUAGUGAUGCACCCACUGAGAAACCUGAAAGAGCUCUGGUUAUAGGGGACUCUAUCAUACGGCACGUGAAAUUAGCUCAGCCUUUAGGGGCACCAGCAGCUUUAGUCAGGUGUAUACCGGGAGCCAGGGCGCCGGACAUAGCAGGUAAUCUUAGGGUCCUAGGCAAGCAUAGGUUCUCAAAGAUAGUUAUCCAUGCAGGAGCUAAUGAUAUACGCCUUCGUCAGUCUGAGGUUACUAAGAGUAACUUUGUAGAGGUGUUUAAAUUAGCGAAGGCGAUGUCCGAUGCUGUAGUAUGCUCUGGCCCCAUCCCAAUGCGGUGUGGCGAUGUAGCUUACAGCAGGUUAUGGUCGCUGAACUGCUGGCUGUCCAGGUGGUGCUCUGAAAACAGUGUGGGCUUUAUAGAUAAUUGGGCUAAUUUUGAGGGCACUGCUGGCCUGUUAGGGCGGGACGGUAUCCAUCCCACUCGGGAAGGUGCUGCUCUCAUUUCCUGCAGCAUAGGUCAUAGU